AUGGCAACCCCUACGGACUCCGCAUCCCCGCCGAGCACAGCCCUUCGCCCCCCGGCCCUUGCUCCGCUCCCUGCCGCCCCUGGCCAUGGUGUAUGCACAGAGGACACCCGCCUGGUCAAGGACAAGCUCUCCCGCGUCGCCGGCGGGGAAGGAGACAAGGCCACCGUCAACAAGGACUAUACUACCAGAAUGUUGCCAUGGCUCCUAGCAAUUGACAGUGCAUUUUACUGUGGCGAGUCCAAGAUCCAGAAGACAUUAUUGGAGAAAAGGGAGCUGCAUAUGGAAAGAGAAUUACUGCUGGACUGA